CGUACUGACACGUGCGGAUAUGCUCUCAUAUCAUAAUCAUCCAUUCGAGCAACCAUGGCGGUGUCGAUGUGCGAUGGAUCGGACAGAUGCCGAAAUCGAGGAAGAGGAAGGUGAGAUGGGAAAGCCUAACCUGGCCGCCGCCGUCCAAUGCCGUAGUGGCUCGAUCGGAAAGAGGGUUGCCAUCGCCGGAGCCGCAAUCAUGUCCGCGCCCGUCAUAAUCCCCUCCAUUUGCUUUUUAUCAGGUUUAGGUCUCCUUUUCUCCUUUCCCUUUGGAAUCUAUAUGGCCGGAUGCAUGUGCGCAGAUAAAAUUAUGAGCGCCCUGCUUCCUAUACCACCUUUGAAGCAAGAGGCGGACGAAGAGUUACUGGAGUCGGAGGAUUUGAUAGAGAGAAACUUUGAUGGUGACAAUGGACACAAAAUGUUUCUUGAACCCCCAACGCUGAAGUCGGAGGAUUUGUCCUUUAUUGAGCUAAGUGGGGAAGGAAAGGCUAAUGAUGCUUUAGUAACGAAAGAACAGAGGGAAGACGGUGGAGAAGAGGAGGAGAGCCUAGGGUUCUCGGAGGAGCGCAGGACUGAUGCAUCCACAUUGAAGUCUGUCGGUGUUUUGUCUUCUGUAAUUGUUGCCUCAGAAGAUGAAAAUGCUGAAAAUUUGGAAAAGGUUGGCUCUAUGAAACUCACAAGUCUUGAAAAACCAGUUCCUGUUGGCGUGGAUGAUGUUGGUGUAACUGGUUUGCAUUCCCACGAGGUGACCAAUAGUCUGCAGAGAACAAGGAAUGAGGAGGAGCAACUAUGGGAUCAAAUUUUUUCAGUGAGAGCAAUUGUGGGUCACAGAGCAACACUCCAACCUUCACUUGGCGAGGAACUAAUGGUGCUGUAUCGAUUGAUUGGAGUGGAACCUCCCCCCACUCUCAAGGACGCUACGGAUAUUGUAGAAAUUAGCAACAGCCUUCAGGUUUUGAAAUCUGUGGUUGGAGUCAAUUAAACUGAAUCAUUCAAAUGGUUAAAGGCAAUCGUACAAGCAUUCAAAAUGAGGGAACUAAGAAAAAAGUGGUCUGAAUUGGCAUGACCACGCCUGGACUGGGCGUGACCAUGCCAUGAUAUCAAAGCUUGCGAUGUGACCACUUCUGGAUCAGGCAUAACCUUUCCCUUCUUUCUGAGCCCCAGCAUGACCAUGUUAGGUUCGAGCGUGACCAAACUGCCCGAUCAGGAAAGAUGGAGUGACCAUGUCAAAAUUCGGUGUGACCACUCUGACGGAGCGAAAAAUAUUUUUGGAAAGAAUUUUGCUUUCAAAAUAAGAGAAUUUGGCUAUAAAAAGAUACCUUAGGACUCCAUUGAUAGGGGAGAGGCAUUCGGGACUACUGGAGACAGAGUUUGGGAGAAUUGGAGAGCUUCUCCCUUACGAUUUCUUCCUUGCUCAACAUUGAGUCCUAAGUGCUCUACCUUUUCUUUUUCUCUUCUAUUUUUCUUAUGUGAUUUUGAGAGGAGAUUGUAUGAGAGAAAGGAUUAGUGUUUUGAAAGAGGGAACAAAUUAUUUUUGUAUGUUUUUACUUUCAUAUUUUACUUGCAACAAUG